GCCAAGUUCAGUCAGCUAACGUUUCGCUAACGUUCGCGAACUAUUUGAUUGGUUCUCGAUGUGAAGCGCAUACAACUGUCAAGCGGACGGUUUUCUGUUCGGCCUUGCCAAACGCAGUCCUAAUUUACUGUUAGGAUAUGUUCGUUUAGUCAUCGAAAACAUUCGAUAAAAUUCGGUUAUUUUUUAGGAUAUAAUGGAAGGGAAGACUGCCUUGGUGACAGGAUCGACAUCUGGUAUUGGUCUAGGAAUAGCCAAUCAUCUUGCAGAGAAAGGCUGCAACCUCAUCCUGACUGGUCUUGGUGAACAGCACCUUAUUGAUUCAAUCAUAGCAGACUUCAAAAAAAAAUACAAAGGUCGUGUGGAUUUUGUUCCAGCCAACCUCAGUGACACCAACUCGAUAGCAGAAUUGUGUACCCAAGUUUCAGCCAUUUAUCCCGAGGGAGUGGACAUUCUAGUGAACAAUGCAGGUAUCCAGUAUGUGUGUCCGAUUGAUAAAUACCCACUGGACAUGUGGAAUGAUAUGAUGACCAUCACAGUGACGGCAUCAUUUAUGCUUAUUAAGCAUUUUCUACCUAAAAUGAAAGAGAGAGGCUGGGGUCGGAUUGUGAACAUGUCGUCUCAGAUGGCCCAUGUUAGUGCAGUGGGCAAGGCUCCCUACUCUACGGCUAAAGCUGCUCUCAUCGGAUUAACCAAGGGUGUGGCUGUAGAAUGUGGUGAAUAUGGAGUCACAGUGAAUGCCAUCUGUCCAGGCUUUGUAGAUGCACCCAUGGCAAGAAGACAGAUUGAUGCCAUGGCUGCAGAGAAAGGCAUCACCACAGAUGAGGCAAAGGGAAUGUUUGAGGGUAUGCACCUUACAAAGAAAGCGGUAAAAAUAUCGGAGAUUGCCGAGCUGGUACUCUUCCUGUGUUCUCCUGCAGCCAUCAGCAUGACUGGUUCCGCUGUUGUUAUGGAUGGCGGCUACACCGCAAAAUAGUGGCAGACACACCACCAGAAUGUUCGGGUCUCCUCACUCUAAGCCAGGGGCUUGUGGUCCGUUGCAGAGCUAGCUGUGGGUGAUUUUAGAAAAUUUUGCCAAAUCAUCUUAAUAAUAAAAAAAUCUAUAGCUAUUUUCCAACAAAAUGUUAAUUUUUACACCCAUUUUUUCCCCCGCCAGAUUCAAAUAAAAUUUGCCAAUUGUUCCCAAUUUGUGAAGUUUGUGAGUGCCAAAGCUAGCCCUGCAUUGUCUGAGGUACAGCAUCAAAAUAUUUAUGGCAGAAACUCGGAUCAAGAGCUUGUUGAUUGGUACUAAUAUGCAACAGUUGAUUUGUGUGCUAGUGAAGGUCUUUAUCAUUAUUUAUGCUCAAUAAAUGCAUAUAGCCAAAUUAAUGUUUCAAUUGGCCAAAAUGUACUUAAGCAGCUCGAUUUUUAAAUCAAGGUUUUUGGUGAAUUAAUAGUAAAAUAUUUUGUCAAAUUCAACAUUAAUUUGCAUUCCAUUGAAUUUCUUGUCAACCUAAUGUUUCUCGAAUGCAUUUUUGUUUUUCAAAACAAUGUAGUAUGUAAUCAUUUCUUUUCAACUUAUCCUGACCUCUAAGCAAUGGCAUUUCCCCUAUUACAACAGACUGCUGAAACAUGCCAACAGCUAAUGAAAUGGCGUAAACCCUUCCAGUGAGUAUGGUAUGGGAACUCUUUUUAUGUGCCCAUAUCCAGAAAUAGGUUCAGGCACACCCAUCUCGGAUCCGCCCUCCGACAUCGCCAGGGACCGGUUCUGGGAUGGGAGGUCUUCCAGUGAGUACUUUCUGUCCUGUUCCAGUCACGUGACAGCAACUUCCUUCUUUCUCCUCUGUAAAAAGAGAACACGAUUCAUGUUUUCUACCAUUUUGUUUCGACCUCGAACAAAAUUUUAAAUAAUUGGGUCAGAGAUAAUUCCAAAUGUACUGGUGUCCAUCAUUAUUAGAAAGAAAUGUUUUAUUUAACGACGCACUCAACACAUUUUAUUUACGGUUAUAUGGCGUCAGACAUAUGGUUACGGACCACACAGAUUUUGAGAGGAAACCCGCUGUCGCCACUACAUG